AUGGAUGAGGACGACGAGAUAGCUAUAAUCGGUAUUGGCUGCCGAUUCCCUGGCGCUAAUAACAUUAAAGAAUUCUGGAAUGUUUUGGUAAACGGAGAAAAUCACGUGAAAGAGAUACCAAGGGACAGAUGGAACGUUGACGCUGUCUUUGACCCCGAUCCAGACGCAUAUGGAAAAACAUACGUCCGCCAAGCGGGACUUUUGUCUAACCACGAUGUUUGGGACAAUGUUUUUUUCGGCAUUGCGGAAAAGGAGGCAUCCGAGAUGGACCCCCAGCAGCGAUACGUUUUAGAAUGUGUACACAUGGCACUAGAGGACGGCGGGAUCACAAGAGCAGAGCUUGAUGGUUCCUCAACGAGUGUUUACAUUGGCGCCAUGAACAGUGAUUCUAAAACAUCAAAAGACGGAGACUAUUCUUUGAUGACCAAUUACUCCGUGACUGGAGAUUCUGCCAGUAUCAUCACGGCACGCGUGUCAUACACCUACAAUCUAUUGGGCCCUUCCAUUACUAUUGACACCGCCUGUUCAUCUUCACUUGUAGCCGUGAAUCUGGCCACUCAGUCUUUGAGAAUUGGAGAGUCCUCAAUGGCAAUAUGUGGUGGUGUCAACAGUAUUCUAUACCCUGACAUGUUUGUCACCCUGACAAAGGCCCGGAUGGCGUCGCCGACUGGCCAGUGUCAGGCAUUCUCAUCCAACGCCGACGGAUAUGCACGGGGAGAGGGAUGUGGUAUCGUUAUUCUAGAGAAGCUUUCUGAUGCCUUAAAGAAUGACAGGAAAAUAUGGGCGACCAUUCGUACGGGCUGUAACCAAGAUGGUCAAACUGCAAAGCCAAUCACUGCUCCGUCGGAGAUCCAACAGAACCGACUUCUUCACGAUAUUUAUCUGAAAUCCUACCACCUCGACCCAUGUCAUGUUCAGUACAUCGAAGCACAUGGUACCGGGACACCCAUCGGUGACCCUGUUGAGGUCAAGAGCCUCGGAAGUUUCUUUAAGAAAUUUCCAAUACAGAAGCAUGAAGAGGGAAGAGAGCGAUUUAUUGGAUCUGUCAAAACCAACAUCGGUCAUCUUGAAUCUGGAGCAGGUGUUGCAAGUCUUGUCAAGACUCUUUUAAUGAUGAAGCAUGGCAGAAUUGUACCGUCACUUCAUUCCCUUCCCCGAAACCCUCGAAUAGAUUUUACCAGUUAUGACCUCGAUGUGCCAACGUCAGUUCACUCUUGGCCAACACUACACGAUGGUACCAGAGCUGCCUGCAUCAAUUGUUUCGGAUUUGGUGGUACGAACAGCCAUGCUUUUCUCAGGCAAUGGGUUGAAAAUGCGGCAGAUGUAGAAAAUGGUACGAGCAAUGGUGAAAAAAAGAUCUGUGUGCCUGUGUCUGCGAAAUCCCAGACAUGCCUAAUUAAUACUAUCAAGCAUAUGGCUACAGCACUGACGGAGGAACCAUAUGAAUUAAAACAAUUGGCAUACACCGCCUCGUGUAAACGAGAUCAUUAUCGAUUCCGAAAAUUAUUCGUAGAAUCUAGUAUAACAAAUCUAAUCAAAAGUUGCAAUAGUGUGGUAGAGACGAUGGCCAGCCGUACAAUUACACCAAGUAAGAAUUGUAGGAUAGUCUUCAUGUUCUGUGGCGUUGGGACAGCAUGGACCAAAAUGGGAAUGGAGCUGGUAAAAGACUUUCCAGUUUUUGCCGAUACCUUGAAGAAUAUUGACAUACAUCUUCAAGUACUGACCGGUUGGUCGAUAAUGGCAAAAAUACGAGAUGGUGCAGAAAUGGAUAACUGCUUUCUGAGACAUAUUGGUAUAUUUGCAUGUCAAGUUGGAUUGUCAGAACUAUGGAAACAUUGGGGAAUCUAUCCUGAUUCAAUUGUUGGUCAAUCUGUAGGUGAGGUAGCCGCAGCCUAUUGCAGUGGGGCACUGUUGUUGAGUGAUGCUGUCAAAGUUAUAUACUACAGGUCUAAAAUCCUUGCAGAAGAGUCAGGCGGUAGAAUGUUGGUAGUACGGAACAUUGAUACUUCAAAAGUAAAAGAGAUAUGUGAUAGAAUAGGUCAUGUCAAUAUCGCAGUAUAUAGCAGUCCAAUGGCCUGCACAAUAUCCGGUGAUGAGGAAAAGGUAAACGAAGUGAAAACUCUAAUACCUGAUGCCAUGAUGACUAAGGAAAUCCCAGUAUACCAUGAGUUGUCUGUCGGAUGUGCCUAUCACAGCUAUAAGGUCGAAAUGGCCUCUCAUCGCAUUCGAGAAACUCUAGAAGGGAUGAAAGCUAGUGUACCGGAAAUACCUAUGAUAUCCACUGUCACAGAUGAAAUAGAGGAAAAUUUCUGCACACCAGAAUAUUGGCAAAGAAAUGUCUCAGAACCGGUUAAGCUCUAUCACGCACUUCGGAAAUCAACAAACGAGAUGCCCACUAUAUUCCUUGAAAUUGGCCCAAAACCUGUUUUGAAGGCUCACUUGACUGACAUAUUUGAUGAUGAGGAUGUCAAAUCUAUUCCCUCUAUGAAACUAGAUAGUGGUUCAUCACAAGUCUACGUCGCUCUUUGCGAAAUGUACUCGCUCGGUAUAAACCCUCAGUGGGAAAACAUUGUUGAGAAAAACAACCUAUCAAAUCUCCCUCAGUACCAGUUUGACAGAAAGCGGUUGAUGGUGGAGUCAGACUAUCGCUUCCUCAGAAAACAUGGACUAAUUGAUGACUUUUCAGGUCGAUACCUCAUGUUAACCCAAAAAGAAAAAGAAGGGGAAUUUAAAGUCAACAUAAGCCCAACCGCCACUCCUUUCGUGUAUGAUCACGUGAUAGAUGACGCUGUCAUCAUUCCAGGCGCUGUUUACACAGAGGUCGGUUUUGAGCUCGGAAUGAGCGUGAUGGGUAUACCAGCAGAAAGUAUGUGUGUUGAGUAUGAUAUACUCCGAGCUAUUCCAUUGUCUAAAGGUAAACCCUCUUAUCUUGAUGUGACGUCUGAUUUAACAGAAACGAAAGAUGGCUCCACCAUGGAAAUCACCUUUUCAAUUUUCAAAGAUACAAUAAUCGUUGCAAAAGGAUGCGUUACAAUGAAAGAUAGCAUACAAAAUCUGAUGAUACCGAUUGAAGAUGUUGACGUACGCACUGGAAAUUACAUUGAACAUGAAGAGAUAUACAGUGAACUAGCAAAGUAUGGGUACAAAUAUGGUCAGUCAGUCCAGGUUUUAGAAUCAAUAACAUUUGACAGAAACGAAUGUACUGGUGUUAUACAGCUCACUGAAGAGGUGGCAAGACAAAUAAAUCAAACCUCCUUUCAUCCGUCUAUCCUGGACGCAAUGCUAUACUCAAGCGCAUUGAAUUUUCUCUCAAACCAAACAGAAACUUCCAAUAAAAUUUAUCCUAUCCGCGUUGGCAACGUUUCCGUGUUGAGACCUUUCGAAAAACGAAUGGUGUGUUAUACGCGAACAAUACAGAAGGUAUAUGAUCGGAUCCUGACCAAUAUAAUCUUAACUAGACCAGAUGGUCUGGUACUGGCUGAGGUUAAAGAAAUUGAGCACCGGAUCAUGGACGGCAGCAUAGGAGUAAACAACCUUGCUUAUCAGAUUAUCUGGACUGAAGAAGACAUUUCAAAGAUUGACUGCAAUACCAAUCAGAAACUAGAUGAAAAUGUCACUAUAGUAUAUGACGAUGCAAGUGUUCUUGAUACACUAAGGGGUCUUUAUCCACUGGGAAAAUCAUUCCGAUUGUGUGAUGUUGCAAAUGACACCGCUUCUGCGAUAUCUUCAACUGACUUUGAGGACGUUGAUUUUGUGAUGUUUGUUCCAAAUCCCAACGCUGUCAAACAAUGCAAAGAUACUGACGAUAUACUUUAUGUUUAUGAAAACUGUCAGGCUUUUCUCAAUAUCAUGAAAAUACUAAAAGAUGUGCAACAGACAGUGAUAGUAGUAACUGAAAACACACAAAGCUACGAUUCGGAGACAGAUUAUCUUAAAAAUUUCUCAGGAGCAGAGUUAUGGGGUUUUACCAGAUCUUUACGACAGGAGGGAACAAAAUGUCGAAUGCUCCUUAUCGACGUUCAGCCUUCAAUACUCUCAGAGACAGAUACAUUAUACAAAACAGUUCGAGCUCUUACCUCAGGUCAGGCAUAUUCAUUUAAGGAAUUUCUCAUCGUUGAUGGACAGUUGCACAGUAAUCUGCUGCGGCGGAGACCACAACGUGGCUUACAGGAUGAACACAGAAUAUUAUGUACCGACAAACAACUUGACCUCCAGUUACGGUCCACUACAUCUGACAAAAUCGAGAGUCCCUUUUUGAUUCCCGGUGACUGUUUCUAUGAAGCAAGGAAGAACGAAGUUUGCCUUCAGGUUGAAGAAAUAUGUAUUCACUCCCCAACUGAGUUUCGCGUUACGGAGUUGGAUUCAAGUCUCGACAAAUCACUUUGGUCAUACUACAGAGAUGGUUAUCCAGUUGUAGGGUUGGAGUUUCAAGGAACUGUACAGAAUUCAAAACAUUCUAAUGGACAAUCUACACACGUAGUAGCGUGCUAUCCAACUAGAGUUGCAAAUCGGAUAUCAGUGCCAGAGUCAUGUGUAUGUAACAUACAACAAUUGCCAAACUACACUCCCGGUCUCAUCAUCAAGGCCAUGAUGAUGUGGUCCGUUUCUCAAAGAGUCAAACGUAAGUCUAGCGUUUGCAUUGUAACAAAUACUGAUCCUUGUGAUGACAUAGAAGUUAUCAUUCUCCGCAAAAUGUUAAAAACGGUAAAACGCUGUCGUGUUCAAAGUAAAUCAAUAGACUCUUUUAGCAAUAAUAUUGACGACGAGUUUAAAGGUAACGUGUUCAUAGUACUGGAGAAAUAUACAAAAGCAAAAUUAGCAUGUAUCAUACGGCCAGGAAAUACCAUUAUAGGAUUCGACGAUGUGAUAUCGUGCUUAUCAAAUCAAGCCAUUCAGCUGAGUUCAAAACAAAUUAAUAUUCGUUGUGUUUCAAAGAUGAAUGUGUUUGAAGAGCACAACGUUCUUAACACUUUCCCACAGGUAAAGCAGUGGUUGACAAGGCAGCAAAAACGAUCUGACUUAGUUAAUGCUCACAAAUAUAUGAAACAACAGACUCUCAAAUUAGCAAACGCACAAGAUGAAGGAAAACAGGGAAUGGACACGAAAGCGAUUGAGAACAGACUUAUUCACAAUAAAGCCAUUUAUGUGGUAGUCGGUGGACUGUCAGGACUGGGCUGGGAAAUCGUUAAGUGGCUAGGUCACAAGGGUGCUGGCGUAGUAGUACCACUAUCAAGGAAAGGUCAUAGACCAGAAAUGUACGAACAGCUUCAGAACGCAAUGGACAUACACAAAUAUGAUAUUGUACCAAUGAGUUGCAACAUAACCAAUUAUACGGAAGUUGAACGAUCAUUUUGUGCCAUCAAGGAACUCUAUCCCAAUCAUCCAAUAAAGGGAAUAUUCCAAGGGGCAGGAGUGCUACGGGAUACACGGUUCGAAACCAUGGAUAUGGAAAAGUUCAAGGAAGUGCUUCAGCCAAAAGUGUUAGGGACAUGGAACUUACAUCUCGCAUCAAAGGAUUUAUUGCUGGAUUUCUUUGUUAUGCAUUCAUCUAUAACCUCUGUGUUUGGAAACGCUGGUCAGACAAAUUACGGAGCUGCUAAUUCCUUCCUGGAUUCAUUGGCCUCAUACAGAAGAUCAAACAAUUUGCCUGGGCAGACCAUCAACUGGGGUGCAUUGUCGGUGGGUAUGGCGAGUGACGAAAGCAUCCAAAACAAUUUAGAAGCACAGGGGUAUUAUGCAAUUGAGAAAGACAAGAUCAAACAAUGUCUUAUGGAUUCCCUCAUGCGAAAUCCUGUUCAAGUUAUCUAUGGAUCCUUUGAUUGGAAUAUCAUAGGUAAAAAACAAGCCAUGAUGAGGAUCGAUAUGGUUGAGAACGACGAGUCUGCUGAAUCCAGUAAAUUAGACAACAAACGUGUUGACAAAGUGGUACUUGACAUCGCUAAAUUCAUGGAAACAUCAUUUGAAGAACAGCGAGAGUUACUUGUAGACCUGAUGUUCAAUAGUGUCUCUUUAGUGUUAUCGAUAGAUGAGAGCGAACUCGAUGAGAAACAAGACCUUCUGAGUCUUGGUUUGGAGUCACAGAAAGCUGUGGAGUUAAUCCAGAUGAUGAAGGAAGCCACAGGCUGUCGUCUUCCUGUUGCAUACAUCCUAUCUCCAGAGUAUACUAUUGGCAUGCUUGUUGACUUUACACAUUCAAACAUUAUCGAUAACUUUAACAAGGAAGAAGAUGGAAAUUUAGAAAAGAAAGAGGACGUAAAGGGAUCACCAUCAUGGAUGCAAAAGUUUUACAUUGACAUGCACGAUAGCAAUCCAAAAGAGCCAAAUUUAUGGUUCAGCAUCGAUUUCAAACUAGGAAUAGGUCUGUCAAAUAGCGACAUAUGGCGAACGGUCAUGCGAUGGAUAACAAUUAAAAAUCCUGAACUCAGGACAAUGUUUCAUCUUACCAAUCACCGAAUCAGAUUUGGUAUGAAAAAAUAUGUUUUGGAUCCAGAGGAUGCAAAAGUAGACCUCCGUAUAGUUGAUUCAUCUAUGCUGAACAGGGAAUGGACAGAGCAGGAUAUUGAAAAAUAUUGCACAUUCGAUAUUAGCACGGAUCCACCAAUACGCGUUUUGUAUUGUGACGCAGGCAAGAAACACCGCAUCAGAUUUAUCAUGAGUCACGUCACAUUUGACUUACAAAGCUUCUUCACAUUACUUGCACAAUUUCGGUCCCAUUUUCUGACAUACUUUUAUAAGAAGGAUUUCAGCGUGACUCCAGUUGAAAACUUGGACCCAUCCGUACUGAUGGAAGAACGUCUGGAUGCAGAAAAAUUUUAUUUUGAGCAGUUCUGGAGAAAAGAACUCCAAAAGAUUCGUUAUGUACCGUCUCUAGUUGGAUCUGUUGGACCUGUGCCUGCUACGGAAAAGGCAGAAAAAGUAGUUGCGCAGUUCCCGAUUGAGCUGGUGAACAGAGUCAUUUCAAACGGCCAUGGUGUAACAGCGCCUAUCCUUCUGUUCUGUUUGUACCAAAUUCUUCUACACAAGAUGACGUGUUUAUCCGCAGUUCCUGUUGUACUUACGGUGGACAUGCGUCAACACUUCCCGGAGUUCGUUAGCAGAAUAUUUCUAGGAACCAACUACAUACCAGUUAUAACAGAAAUAAAUGAUCCAAACGCCACCUUACGAGAACUCAUUUCAAUUUGUUCCAGCCAGGUGACACUCAGCGGCACGGGCAGUCUAUAUCCAUUUUCCCUGAUCAAGCAAAACGAUGCUUACACUAAGAAUAGUUUCCGUCACUUCUUCAAUGUCAGAGAAAUGUCUUUUCGAGGCGAAAGAAAUGAAGAAUAUGAAGAGUACUAUAUGGAAAAUGUAGGCUAUACCACAGACUUCUUUAACGAUAUAGAAACGGCAUUAAACGUGAUGACAGAUCGCCAAGCAGGUGCUAUAGAAUUGGUUUUGAGUUACAAUCCAGCGAUAAUAUGUUUGUCGACAGCACAGAGUAUGAUCGAUGAUCUGUUAUUACUGACCUGUGUGAGUGUGACGAAUUCGGAUUUCCGACUAGAUGAUAUCCCAUUACUGUCAUGUGUAUCUGAUGCUUCAGGCAAAAUGGACCAUCAUCUAUCGACCGUUAAGUUUCUGAAAGAGACCUCAAACGGUUGGGAACAUCCAGUCCAGUUGAAAGUUAACACAGAGAAAAAUGUGCCUCAAAUAUCGUGGAAAGAUCCUGAUUGUAAGAAAACGUCACUUCAAAGCAAUAUUCCUAUUACGAACGUAAUUGGAGUUGACACAGAAAAAGUCAAUGAUUCAUGGUGUCUCAUUAUACAGACAGCCAAGAGGCAGUAUUAUUUCAAGACCAGCGACUUUCUUACUGUUCAAAGCUGGAGAGCUAAGAUUCGAAAACUGGUAUCUAAGAUCUAUCAGAUGUCGAAAAAAAGUCUCCAGAAAACGACGUGA